GAGGAACCGCCCUAACUAUACUUUCUCGGAUUGUUCACAAGAGUUUUGCUUUCUCUACUGAGUUUUUGUUUACUUUUCUGUAUUGUGAGGUUUUGGAGGAUCAAUCAAUGUGGGGGCUUCUUUGAUUCAAAGGAAUUUUAUAGGAUAUCUGGAGGAUUGAAAUCCUUAGGAUUUUUUCCUAUGUUGGUCCUUUGAUUCAUAGGAUUGGAUCCCAUAGGAAUUUUUCCUAUGGAAUCUUUUGUACUACAUUUCAUAUGAAAUUUAACAUCCACUCCAACCUCUUUUUACAAUUCCUUUGUUUUUCCCGUGGCAUCAAACAAUCAUUGCUAAUUCUAUAGGAUUCAAAUGGGCAUGCCACUCCAACCCUACACUUUUCCUAUUCCUAUGUUUUCAAAAUCCUACGAAUCAAAGAGGCUAUAAUGCUGAUAAAGUAGGAUAAAUAAUAGCCGAACCCGGAGGUCUUGCUAGCCGGUUUCAAACUUGGAGAAUUUCCAUGGAAUUGAUCAAUUGAACCUUUUGCGUUGUUUAUUUGCUUCGCCACUGCGCUGAGUGCGAAUCAACUCUAUCAACCCACUCAUAGAAAAAAUUGAGGGAAAUGGGAUCUGCCUUCGAAUUUUUGUAAAUUAGGACCUGAGGAAGCUAGGGUAUUUACAUAGAUUGGGACGGGAGAAAACAUACGACAGCUGAGACCAGAAACAGGUGCGUCGUAGGCUGGGAAAAGGAGAUUAGGAAGUGUAUUAGAAGGCUUCAAUUUUAUAUCCAACCGAAUGAAUUAGUGUCUUAACAUCAUUUUCUUGUCAAGCGCAUAUCCCUGAGAGUAUCAAUAACUGUUACUCCCCAAACCUUUCUGAAGGAUGACGCCUACACAUUGUUGUCUGGGGAAAAAGAUGUCGUGCAGGUAUCGGCAAAUCUUGAUGAUUCAAAACCUAUCAGACAACAUGGGAAUGUAGGAUAAGGUGGCAAACCGUUUCAUGAGUGUGCUGCACACAUCAGUGAUAGUACUUGCUUUAUCAAGCAAUAUCGUGACCUUCAGCUAUGUUAGCAUAUCAUCCAUGAAAAUUUCUUACACAUUCACUAUGGAAUGCUCCCCCAAAUAGUGCCGCUUUCAGAAUUAUCCAAUCCACAAACGUGAAAGGGGGAUAUAAAGCUUUUGAAGAAAACUAGUUUCGUCAUUACUUGUGUCUACUUGGUUAAGACAUAUUCCUUGAGAAAACCAUAUUCAGUCAUGCAAAUAUAAUAUCACUUAGCAAAUAUAUUACUGGCCAGUCUAUUUAGAACACAUAGGUAAUUAUAUCUUGUUGAAAGUUUGCAUCUGACCGGUAAGGCACGUAGAAUUAUAUAAACAUCGUACAUGUGCACAGAUCCAUCCACAUUGGACAGGAUCCUCCAAGGUGGAGCCACCGUCACCACCAGCUCAAUCAUUCUAUAUUAAAGUUAAUAAUAACAAAGAUAUGGUUAGAAAUGCAGCCAUGCCUUUGUUUUCUCAGCACCUUUUAUCUUUGACAGUUUCAUAAAUUGGUAAUGGUACACAUCUAUUUUCUCUGCAUUUUUUCAUGCCUAUCAGGCUAUCACAUACACCCUUUUGUUGUUUCAGGUUCAGUAAUGACAUUACUGGAUUAUAUUGACUUGGACUAUGAUGAGUAUUAUGUCAAAUUAGAUGUUAUUGUUUUGACCACUUAUGAAGAUAGCGUCGAAAAAGAUGGCAAUGUUGAAGAAGAAGAUGAUGCUAACGUUGCUCAAUCUGAAAAUGUAGCUGAAGCUGCAGCAUCCCCGCCAAUUUCAGAACAAGAUGCUACUGGUACAACAUGCUUGUCAAAGUUAGAACAAGAACUAUGUGGUACAACAUCUUUGUCGAUGGUAGAAUAUGGUGCCGCCACAUUCCUAUUAAAGGCAGAAGAAGCUAUGCAGCCUAAAAAUCAGGUGUUUCUUGCAACAAGUGAUGUUGCAAAAGAGGCUAUGCAGUCUAGGAGUCAUGAGCUUAUUGUAGCAAGUGAUUGUGUGGGCAAAUCUAUGCAGUCAGAACAUGAGGCCGAAGUUGUCCUAUUCUUGUCAGUGACAGAGCAAGGUGCUGCCACAUCUUUGUUAUUAAAAAAUCAAGGUACUAUCACAUCCUCAUUAAGUGAAAACAAGGCCGUGCAGUCCAAAGAUCAGGUGUUUGUUGCAGCAGUUGAUUGCGCAAAAGAGGCCACAAGAUCUGAAAGUACAGAGAAAGUUGUUGUGUCUCCAUCAAUGACAGAAGGGGGUGCUACCUGCAAAUGCCACAAUGUGGGACAAUUAUGCUGCCCUCAUAUCGUGCAAGAUGGCGUUGAUUUACGUAUUUCCCAUGGUGGAGGCCAUUCACAUGGUGAAACUGGUUCCAGCACAGUACCAUGCACCAAAUCAGAAGGAUCGAUCAAGCAUGAAGGACAUAGUGGAACCAGAGUGAAGAUUAACGCUGGAAAUGCUAUGGUCAGCACAGGAAUCUACGAUCUUCAUGAAGAACCAGAGGGAGACACUGAGAAGGAUGAGAACCGUGAUUUGGAAGCAGAAGUGGCAGUACUCUACCCGGAAGUGACCCAGGAUGUUGUUGCUGUGUCCGUGUAUCCUGGGGGCGAAGAUAAGGAGAACAGUCGGUUUGGGAAAUUCUACAACAAGAUUAAAGGAAAGAAACGAGUCAACACCUCUUCUACAGAAUGCAACACACAGUUCAACACCGUCUAUAGUACAGGAGUGCAGCCAACGCAUGGAAAUAAUGGAGUUAGUGUUGUAGGAAGUGUUGGGAAUAGUACGGGCAGCACAUCAAUCUGCAGUCUUAACUGUGAAGUUGUGAUGUGCACCUACCAAGAAUGCAGCAAUACAUCCAAGGGAAGUACAAGGUAUUGCAAGAACCACGACAGUCCUUCAAAGGGCUGCAUGGUUAAAGGUUGUACAAAUGUUGCACAUGGAGGCACACCUCUAUGCAUUUUCCAUAGUUCAAGGAUGCACAAAAGGAGGGGCUGUGCUGUCAGUGGAUGCACCAAGGGAGCGUGUAGUAGCAGUCAAGGCCGCACAGACCGUUGUGUGAAGCACGGUGGCGGCAAGAGAUGUAAAUAUGAUGGUUGUGGGAAGGGUGCUCAAGGGAACACAGAUUUUUGCAUUGCGCAUGGUGGGGGAAGGCGAUGCGAGUUUCAAGGAUGCGAGAAAAGUGCACAAGGGCGAACUGAUAGUUGUAUCAAACAUGGUGGCGGCCGACGCUGCAUGGUUCUAGGAUGUAACAUGAGUGCAGCAUAUGGGACUGAUUUAUGCUCUAUGCAUAGAACAAGUUUGCUGAGUGGCUAUAAUUCUGCCCAUGAAAUGCUGCCAGCACCAGCGCCUGAACGUCGGGCCAAGGAGGCAGAACCAUCCAAAAGAAGAAACUCACACUCAGUGACUAGAGGGGAAAGGGCUCAAAAUAGGCAGAACACCGAUGAAUAUGUUAACAACAUUAGAAGCGUGAGUGAUGUUAAGGUUUGCAAUAUGUUAAUUAAGUACUUUUGCGGUAAUCAAUUUUCAUUUUUACUCAUAAGAAUCUUAAGUAUUGUUUGCACAUUUCCAGAUGGUAGAGGAAAAGGGCAGAGUUUUGAUUUGUCAGAAUAAUACGCUGAAGCGACAGUGAGUAAUGAACUUUUAGCUUGUUUCUAAGUUUUUUUCGCUCGCCGUUCUCUGGAUUGCAUAGGCCAUGUCUGAAACGACAAUCACUUUUACUAGUAUACUCCCUUUGUCCCAUAAUAUAAGAUAUUUUUGCAAGCUAAACUAGCUUGCAACAACGUCUUACAUUGUGGGACGGAGGGAGUACUACAUAAAUAUGAAUUUACUAAGUAAGCAAAUUUAUUAUGGCGGGUUUAUUGUGUAUUAGUCCUUUUGUUUAAUAGAUGUAGAGAACUGUAGUUAGCAAAAAGAAGAAGAAUUGUGACUUACCCUAGUCAAUGGACGCACAGUUGAUAUUUUGUGAAAAGGUGUAUCUUCCUUUGUUUAUUAUGGUUAUUAUAGUAAUCUAAACAACAAAAAACCGUGCACAUGCUUUCAUUAAUUAGUGACACACAAGCUGAUAUAAAGGAAAAGCUCCUUUAAACAGAGGCAACCUGCCUCGUGUGGUUGUGGCAUCUCAGGUUCCAUUCAUCCACAUAGUUAGAUCAAUGAAAGUUUUGAGCUUAUUUUGUACAUGUAGCUAACGUUAAUGAUCUGGGCAUAGAUAAAACUAAACUAGCGCGGCAUUGUAAAUGUGUAGAUUGAGUAAACUAGCAACUACAUACUCUGAAUUUGAUUACACCACAUUCGAACAAGUGUUGUGCUCACUUGUCACUGAAUAGGCAAACAACUCAGGAGAUGAAAUCCGAGAGUGACCUCGCAGCAUGAUCUCCGUCGCUACAGAUAUCUCUUGUACCUCCCGGACUACGGUA